AAUUAAAAAAAUGUCAAAACUUCCAGUACGUAUUUAAAAUGUUUGCUCAUUAACAAAUUUAGGAAUAGAUCCCCAAUACUUAAAAUUAGGAGUAACAAGUUUUGAAUCAGAUAGAUGCAUAUCUAUAAAUGACAAAUCUUAAAAUGGUUAAAAUUAAUUAACUUAAAUAUAAAUUGACAACAAUUUUAGUAUAAACAGAAAGCCUAAUAAAGCUGAAACUUCAUUAAUGCAUCCUACUUAAAAUAUAAUAGUCUUGAAAGCUUCAAAUGGUCCUGCAUGUUAUGUCCAAAUAUGGAAUUUAGAUAACAAAUAGAAAUUAAAGCAUAUUGAUCUAAAUGAAUAAAUAUAAUACAUGACAUGGGUUAAUGCUACUAAUUUAGCUAUAGUAACACCUACUGUAGUAUAUCAUAGUGAUUUAAAUUCAUCUGAAACACAUACAAAAAUAUUAGAUAGAUAUGCAGAAUUAGCAAAUGGAAACGGAUAAAUAAUUGGUUACAAAUUAGCUCCAUAAGCGAAUUGGAGUACUUUAUAUGGAAUAUCAUCUCCUGAUGGAAAAACAAUAAAUGGUCAUAUUUAACUUUUCAAAAUUGGAGAAGGGAAAUAAUAAAUAUUAAAUGGACAUUGCUGUUGUUUUGGGUAAGCUAAAAUUCAUAAUGAUACUCAUCUUUCAACAUUGUUAUGUUUCUUUGAGAAAAAACCAGGUGAAAAUACUGCAAGAAUAAUCGUAAAUGAAAUUUCUGUUCCACCAGACGGCUUCCAAAAACAUAAAUUAUCAACUGAAUAUGUAUUUAAUCCUUAAUUUCCUUAAGAUUUCCCUAUUUAUAUGUAAGUUUCAACUAAAUAUGGUUAAUUGUUUGUAGUUACUAAAAAUAGCUUUUUACAAAUAUACGAAUUAACUACCAAUAUUCUUUUUUAUUCUAAUAGAAUAGUUGAUUCUCCUAUUUUUAUCGGACAAUAAGAUUCAAAAGAAGAUGGAGCAUAUACGAUUUCUAAAAAUGGCACAGUAUCCUUGAUUUAAAUUGAAGCGUAAAAUUUAGUAAAUUACCUAAUUCAAAAUUGCCAACAUAUACCUAAUGUAGUUUAGUUAGCAUUCAAGUUAGCAGGAAGAUAUAGACUUCCAGGAGCAGAUGAUAUGUUUUUAGAUUAAUUUAAUAAGUUUAUGCUAGCUGGAGAUUAUGCGAAAGCUGCAUAAAUAGCAGCAAUAGCUCCUGGAGAAUCAAUAAGAAAUUCUUAGACUAUUAAUAAAUUUAAAAGCUUGUAAGGAACUCCUUCACCGCUUUUGGUUUAUUUCCAAAGUCUACUCUAAAAAGGGGGUUUGAAUUAAUUAGAAUCUAUUGAAUUAUGUACUUUGGUUUUAAAUUAGGGAAGAAAAUAAUUCAUAGAAUCUUGGAUUAAGGAAAAUAAGUUAGAAUGUAGUGAAUAAUUGGGAGAUUUGGUAGGAUAAUAUGACUAAAAUUUAGCUUUGGAUAUUUAUAAAAAAGCCAAUCUACCUGCUAAAGUAGUCUAAACUUUAAUGACUUUGGGAAAAUAGGAUGAAGCUAAUUAGUUCGCAUAAUAAAGUGGGGUUAAUUUAGAUUAUAUGGGGAUGAUAAAAAGCUCAGUGUUUACAAAUCCGGUUAAUGCUGUAUAAUUGGCGAAAACUUUAGUUGCUUAAAAUCCUUAGACUAAUAUUCAUGCUAUUGCUGAAAUUUUCGUGUAGGCUUAAAAGUUUAAAGAAUUAAGUGCUCUUUUGGUUGAUUGUAUGAAGUAAAAUAGACCCGAAGAUGGACCUUGGUAAACUAAGAUUUUAGAAUGGAAUAUUGUUAAUGAGCCUAAUAUUGUGGAAACUAUUUUCUAAUUAACUAAAUGGAAUUAAUAUAAUAAAUUGAGAAUUGCUUAACUUUGUGAAUAGAAAUAAUUAUUUUAGAAAGCUUUGGAAAAUUAUUCUGAUAUUAAAGAUAUUAAAAGGGUUUGCUUGAAUACUUAGUUUAUUCCUCAUCCUUAUUUGAUUAAUUUUUUUAGUAAUUUAUAACCAGAAUGGGCUCUUGUUUGCCUUUAAGAUAUGCUAAGACAUAAUAGGUAAAAUCUUUAAUUAGUUGUUGAUAUUAUGGUUAAAAAUCAUUAAAGAUUUAAUGUUUAAGCUUGUGUAAAGACUUUUGAGUCGGUUAGUUCUUUUGAUGGUAUUUAUUUAUUUUUAAGCUAAAUAAUUAGUAAUACUGAAGAUAAAGAUAUUCAUUUCAAAUAUAUUGAAGCAGCAACAAAAUGCAAUUAAUUAAGGACUGUUGAAUAAGUAAUUUAAGAAAAACAUAAUUGUUAUGAUCCUGAAAAAGUUAAAGAUUUCCUUAAAAGUAUGAGAUUGCCAGAUCCUAAGCCAAUUAUAUUUUUAUGUGAUAUUCAUAAAUAUAUAGAAGAGUUGACAUAAUAUUUGUACAAAAAUAAUUUCUUUAAUUACAUAUAAAUUUACUUAUUCUAAGUAAACCCAUAAGCCACCCCAACUGUAUUAGGCUCAUUAAUCGACUAGGAAUGUGAAGAAAGAUAAAUCCAAGUAUUACUUCAAUAAAUAGGUGGAAAAUUAAAUCCUUAAUGCUAUGAUUAAUUAAUAGAAGAAUUUGAAAAAAGAAAUAAAUUGAAAGUACUUGAAGGCUGGUUAGAAGGUCGUAUAUCUGAAGGAAGCUAAAUUCCAUCAAUCCAUAAUGCCUUAGCUAAAAUAAAAAUAGAUACAAAUUAAGAUCCUGAGUCUUUUUUAACAAAUAACCAAUUUUAUAACGCGAUUACAAUAGGUAAAUUUUGCGAAGAAAGAGAUCCUCAUUUAGCCGUUAUUGCCUAUAAAAGAUCUUGGGGAGAAUGUGAUGACUAGCUUAUUCAAGUAACUAACAAAAAUGCUCUUUUUAGAAUCUAGGCUAAGUAUUUAGUAGAAAGAUAAUCUCCUGAGUUAUGGGCUAAAGUUCUUUCUGAGGAAAAUGCUAAUAGAUAAUAAGUUAUAGAACCAGUAGUUACUAAUGCACUUCCUGAAAGUAAAGAAGUUGAUUAAGUUUCUUGUGCAGUAAAAGCAUUUAUGGAUGCCAAUUUACCUGAAUAUUUGAUUACUUUAUUGGAAAAAAUAGUAUUACAUAACCAUGAAUUCGGAUAAUAUAAAAAGUUAUAAAAUUUACUCAUUAUUACGGCAAUUAAAAGCGAUUAGUAGAAAGUCAUGGAUUAUAUUAAUAGGUUAGACAAUUAUGAUGGACCGGAAAUUGCGAAAAUUGCAUUGAAUGAAUAGUAUGGACUUUAUGAAGAAGCAUUUGUUAUUUAUAAUAAAAAUAAUAUGUAAGGUUAGGCUAUGGAUGUGAUUUUGGAAAACAUUAAAGAUUUGUAGAGAGCGGCUGAUUAUGCUUAAAAAAUUAAUACAAAUGAAGUUUGGUCAAAAUUGGGAAACGCUUAUUUGGAUAAAAAUCAAAUCGUAGAGUGUAUUUAGUGCUAUAUUAAAGCCAAAGACCCUUAGAUGUAUCUAUAAGUGAUAAAUGUGGCCGAAAAUGAAGGAUAAUUUGAUUAGUUAGUAAAAUAUUUAUUAAUGUGUAGAGAAUAAUAGGUAAAAGAUUCCAGUAUUGAUAAUUCUUUGGCUUUUUGUUAUGCCAAAAUUGAUAGAAUGGGUGAUUUGGAAAAUUUCCUUUCUUCUGCAAAUUCUGUAGAUGUUUAAAGGGUAGGUGAGAGAUGUUUCGAAAUUGGACUUUAUGAAGCUGCAAAAAAUCUUUUCACUUUAAAUAAAAAUAACGCUAAAAUUGCUAGUUGUUUGAUAAAAUUGAAAUAAUUUUAACAAGCUAUUGAAAUUGCUAAAAAAGCAAAUACCCCUAAAACUUGGAAAGAAUUAACAUUGGCUUGUGUAGAAAAUUCAGAAUUUAAAUUAGCAGCAGUUUCAGCUAUGAAUAUUAUUAUUCAUCCUGAUCAUUUGGAAGAAUUAAUUCAUUUCUAUGAAGAAUUCGGACAUCCCCAUGAAAUGAUAAGUGUUUUAGAAACUGGAAUGGGAUUAGAAAGAGCUCAUGUUGGUAUAUUUUACAGAUUUGGGAGUACUAUAUGCUAAAUAUGUACCUUAAAAAUUAAUGGAAUAUUGCAAAGGCUAUCAUUCAAAAAUAAAUAUUGCAAAAUUAUUAAGAAUUUGUGAAAGAUAUUAACACUGGGCAGAAUGCACUUAUUUACAUUAAAAUUUCUAAUAAUAUGAUUAAGCAAUAAAUAUAAUGAUUGAACAUUCCCCAAGUGCAUAUUCUCAUGAUAUGUUUGUUAAUUUAUUAAUUAAGGCAUCUAAUUAUGAUCUUUAUUAUAAAUCUAUAAUUUUCUAUCUAGAUGAAUAACCAGAAUUAUUAAAUGAUUUAUUAAAAUCUUUAACUACUAAAAUAGAUUUAACUAAAUGUGUUCGCGUGAUGUCAAAGACAGGUUAUUUAGCUUUAAUAACUCCUUUUUUGAAAUCUGUUUAGAAUGCAAAUAAUAAAGAAGUUAAUGAAUGCUUGAAUGAUAUUCAUUUAGAAAAUUAAGAUUAUGAAUCACUACAUUAAUCCAUUAGUACUUAUGAAAAUUUCGAUUAAUUAGCAUUAGCUAAAGCUACAGAAAAUCAUUCUUUACUUGAAUUUAGAAGAUAAUCUGCUUAUCUUUAUAGAAGAAUACAAAAAUAUGAGUUUUCGAUUGCUUUAUCCAAAAAAGACGGAAUUUAUAGAGUAAUUUUAUUUUAUAUAUAUUUAUAUAAAUAUAUAUGUAUAAAUUAGGAUGCAAUCGAAACUGCUUUAGAAUCUUAAAAACCUGAACUUGUCGAAGAUUUACUAAGAUUCUUUAUUUAAUAAAAUCAAAAGGAAUUUAUUACUAUUACUCUUUAUACUUGUUAUGACCUUGUUAUGCCUGCUAUGGUAUUAGAACUUGCUUGGAGAUUUAAUCUUUUUGAAUAUGUAAUGCCUUAUAUAAUUUAAUCUACUCACGAAUUGACUUCUAGAUAGAAAAAGCAUGAAAAAAAAGAAAAAGAAGAAGAAAAAAAAGCCGCCUAAGCACAUAAUUAAAAUAAUUAAACCCUUUUUAUUCCUGGACCUGAAAUUAUUCCUGCACAUCUCAUGUUACCUCCUAUGAUACCUCCUUAAGUACCUGGAAUGAUACCUUCUUAGAUUCCUGGGAUGAUUCCUUCCUAGAUUCCUGGAAUGAUGGGAAGUGUACCUGGGAUGAUGAUGGGUGGUGGCGUACCCCCUGGAUUUAAUACUAAUUAGUUUUGAGUCAAUGAUUAUUUUAUUUUUGUUAUUUUUUUUUUUCUAAAAAGUCUCCUAUUUUUUUAAAUAAAA